AUGAUUCCCAGGGAGUCGAGGACUAUAUUUUCAGCCAACCUCGCUACGUCCUUAAUGUCGACACCUAGUUCCUCGAGGAAGCUCCUUGUUCUUUUUGGGAUAGUUCCGCGAGACCCAAACCAGAGGCCUCUCACGGUGAACUCUCUCUCUCUCCGAAGGUCUCACGGAAUUUCUCUUUUAGGAAAGGGAUACAUUUAUCGUACGUGUUCUUCUUUUCCCUUUCCACUUCACCAGCCUGAUCGAGGUAAUUGCUCUCAAAGCGGACAGUUGGAUCCAAGAUCAGCGCUGUCCUUCCUGUCUUGGGAAAGGCGACGAUAUCAGCGUAUCUCGUAGAGCAAUAGCACUAUC